AUGAGAAGCUUCAUUGUCCUUUGUUUGCUGGCCACAACUUUUGCCGAUAAACUAGGCUACAACUACCAACCAGUGCCGCAUUCUUCAGAGGGCCUGUCCUUUACACCAGGCGCCCUUAUUGGACCUGCUCCAAAUACUCUUGCUCCAGUUGCUCCGGCUCCAGUUGCUUCAGCUCCAGUUGCCCCUGCCCCAGUCCAGAUAGAAUAUGAGAAAGAGUUCUACACUUAUACGGCGCCACAAGAAGAAACUAACGAUGCUGCCGAUAUCGGAAACAUUGCCAAUUCAUUGAAGAAAAAUCUGCGUGUUAUCUUCAUCAGAGCGCCAGAAAAUAAGGCUCUCGAAAAUGCUGCUGUUAACCUGGCAAAACAAACGACUGAGGAGAAAACUGCCAUCUAUGUGCUCACCAAACAGGCUGACAUUGGCAGCUUGGCGCAAAAAUUACAAAAUAUCGGAACACAAUCCAGCUCCAAACCAGAAGUACACUUCGUGAAGUAUCGUACACCACAAGAUGCCGAAAAAGCCCAACAAGCUAUCCAGCAACAGUAUGAAAGUCUACCUGGCUCAUCACAUCACUCCAACGGGGGUUCUGCGCAAGUACUGAACUUUGCUUCGCAAGCGCCGGCAACAGCUGCACCAGCACCAGUAGCACCUGGCUCCCAAUAUCUACCAGCUAAUGCAGUGCCUUCGGCAGCGUAUCUGCCACCAAGUCUCCGCCGUUUCCGCAACUAAAUACCGUCUAACGCCUCGUAACCUCCUUCUAACAGCGGCUUACAGCAGUUAAU